CGUAAGAAGGCAUUCACGAAACCACUGCUUUUCAAAAUCCCUCUCUUUUCAACAUUUCAUUGUUGUUUCUUUUUUUCCCGAAAUAAAAAUCAGUUCGCGGUUUACCACCCUGGUAAAUUUUCAUUCAUUCUCUUUGUGCUCCAAAAAAAAAGGGAAAAUUGUCCUGUGAAAUCUGAAUUUUUCGUUUCGAAUUUCCUCAGCAAAAAAAAAAAAAUAAUUGGAUUCUUGAAAAAUCUGGAAAUUAAUUUCCAUUUUUCGUAUUUGAAAAGAAAGAAGAGUUUUCGGAGUUGCUUGAAAGACUUUAAAUACUUUUGGUGAAUAUUUGGAUUUAUCGGCAAGUUCCAUUCGUAUUUGUGCAAUUCGGAUUCGGAAGAAUUUUGAGAAUUGAGAAAUAAAAGGAUUUGGGAGAGGCAAAAGGGUGAGAGUCGAUGGACUAGGAAUUUCAUUCUUUUAUCAUUCGUCUUUUCAUGUGUCGUCGAGAGACGAAAGAGAUGGAAAUCUCGAGCAGACGAAGAUGCCUCUGGCAGCCGUGGCUUAAUUUCGAGACUCUUCGACCCUCCUAUAAGUCGCGAGAGGAAAGACCGAAGACAACAAGCUUACACCGGAAGCCAAGUAGUGCCUGGAGGAAGGAACGUAGACGAGACCCAAUUCAAUGUGAGGCCCUUGAUAUGUCCGCUGCCAGGGUGCAUCACAGUAGGCCCAGUGUCAUCGUACCCACGGCCCCCCAACCAGGCACAACGAUGGAGGACACGGCUGUUACGCCCACGGCAAGCGUAACACCAUCUGCUGCUACCAGAGGCCAGAGAACUGGAAUCAGAAAUGCUGGAAUUGUGAGUGAUCCAGCGAUAGAUGAGCACUUUAAACGUUCUCUGGGUCUGAAAGAAUAUGCCGCUGUUUUUAAUGCAACCUCUAAUGAUAAGGAAGCCGGUCUCAGUGUUGACGAUCAUUUUGCCAAAGCCCUCGGCGAAACCUGGACAAGGUUGCAGAAAACAGGUCGAAAUAAGGAUUCGUCUUAACCUUGAAUUUGAAAUUUGUUGAAUUAUUAUACCAACGA